AUUCCUGUGCAUGUGGUCCUUGCUUAUGGUCAUGGUAACAGAUGCUCACACUUCCCUAUAUUUAUCCAAGAAAGUGACAACGCACCGCGUUCGAUUAGGAGAUCCCUUCAGGCUCCCAUGCACUGUCCAUGAAGGAGUCAAAGUCUCGCACGUCACCUGGAACCGUGGUACAUCCGGUCAAACGCGGAACCAUCAGGCAUCGACUGGUCACCUCUGGUUUCCUACCAUUACGCUUGAUGCGAGUGAUACCUAUGACUGCACCGCUGUAAUCAAGACAGGAAAAAGAGAGAUAUUGGCGAGAAUCAGGCACGAUUUACAAGUGUACGUGGCAGAACGCAAUCGGUGCGCACGCGGCUACACUUUCGACAACGGGCGUUGUUACGUGUGCAGACCUGGAACGUUCAGCCCUGGAGGUCAGUUCAGGCGGUGCAUCCCAUGUGACUAUGAUUCAUACACACCUUACCAUGGUUCUGGAUCCUGUUUCUUGUGUCCUGCAUGGAAAAGAACGUUCAAGCAAGGAGGCGCGUCUGUCCUUGAAUGUGAAGUGAGCUUCGUUGUCUAUGCCUAUCUCUGUGGCAUCUCUGCUGUCAUAUGCCUGGUGCUGUUCAUCGUGACGACCACGAUCUACGCUAAUGCUGUGGAUAGCAAGAAGACUAUCCUCAAAGAGGAACCACUAUCGCGAAGAAGCAGCUACCAAAUGAGUCUCAGCAAGCUACAAAAACGAUGCCUCUCAAAAACGCCCGAUGCUCCACCUUCUUACCGGCCGCAGUCGAGUGUGAAAUAUAGUAAAAUAGCCCCUUGUGCUGAAAUGACUUUCGAACCGAAGGGAAAGCUGUCGCAGAGUACAGUGCCAGCAGUGCAAGCGAGGCCGUCAAAAAGCACGCAAACAGAGCCCUGUGAACCAUGCAAUUCCUCGAGGGCCGUUGACGAAGGUAUUCAGACAGAGCACGCAGAGAAUUUUGAGAAAAGGCGCCCCAGUCCUAGUCGCAAAGGACACGCACCUAAGCAGCACGAUCGUGCAGAAAUCUUCAAAGAACUGCUUCGAAAGACGAAAGAAAACGCGAAGCGUCUGGAAGUUCGCAAGAAUACUCCACAGCCCGCGCACUAUGAAGCCCCAGAAAAGAAGCAGACAUCAUUCCGAUCAUGCGUGACACGGCUUCCCCGGGAGGACUUUCGUCGACCUUACGACACGGAUUAUUCUCCGAACCUUUCGCCUCAACGAAACGUCUUCUACAACAAGCAGAGAUACCAGGACAUAGAGACGUCUGUUCGCUCCAGCGAAGUCCACGACUUCUUCCGCCAUUUGAGCCCCGAACGUCCAUCACCAUCCAUAAGCCCAGAAAGGAAGCAGUUCCUUCCCAAGUACGAUCACUAUGGUGACGAUAUGGCAUCGAGCGGUGACGAGUUCCAAAUACUGAAGACUCGACACGUCCAUUCGAUGCCCGGCAUGCGGAGGUAUCCAGGAACGGGAAGGAACUGGAUUCUGGGGAAAAGUCCGGAUGACUACGCCAAACAUAAGCAGCACGGUCCAGGUCAUUAUCCGCCUCUGUGAAAUGAUGACUGAUGAUGCAUACUGCAUGAUGAUUACUGAUGAUAAAUGAUACUGCAGUGCCCGCUUUUCGGGCGAAGUGUCA